GCUCCAGAACAGUACAGACUAAUGCACAUACAGCCCCCAAAGAAGAAGAGCAAACACAAGCACAAACACCAUCGACCACAGGACCCACUACCACAAGAAACUCCAUCAGACUCUGAUCCCAAGAAGAAGAAGAAAAAGAGGGACGACGAUCCUGACCGCAAGAAAAAGAAGAAAAGACAAGAAAAAGAAGAAGAACCGCCACAGUCCCGACCACCCCGGCCUUGCUGGAUCACAACCCAACAGCAACAGCCUCAGAUAGACAGGAGCCCACUGUGUGCAUGCCUGUGUGUGUGAAUGUGUGUGUGACUGUGCAUUUUGUAAGAGGACGCGUGCGUGUGUUUUACAGAUAAUUGUAUUAUUGAGAGUAUGUUUAACAAGAGAGGGGAUGAAUCAAGUGGUUGCAUUGUUGAGAGUGAAAGGAGCAGCAACACAGUGGAUGUGGUGAUGACCAGAAGACAUGUUACAGAACAGUGUAAAAGACAGAAAGAUGGUUUUAUGGAUGUCUGAGCAGGCACUGUAUGUAUGUCCCCCUUUUGAUUUUGUUGUGAUAUCUUUUGACCAUAAUGCCAAAAUCAAAUAAACUUUGGUUAUUA